GGCGUCCGCUGGGGGUGGCGGGAUAGCCUGGGCGCGGCUGGCGCUGCGGACCCGCUGCUGCUGCCCAGGUCUGUGCGGCUCCAGGACCCUCCGUCCCGCUGGCGCCAUGGGCAAUUGCCACACGGUGGGGCCCAACGAGGCGCUGGUGGUUUCAGGGGGCUGUUGUGGUUCUGACUAUAAACAGUAUGUGUUUGGCGGCUGGGCCUGGGCCUGGUGGUGUAUCUCCGACACUCAGAGACUGUCUCUGGAGGUUAUGACCAUCCUGUGUCGCUGUGAGAAUAUUGAGACGUCGGAGGGGGUCCCGCUAUUCGUAACAGGGGUUGCACAGGUGAAGAUUAUGACAGAGAAGGAGCUCCUGGCUGUGGCCUGUGAACAGUUCCUGGGCAAGAAUGUGCAAGACAUCAAGAAUGUCGUCCUACAGACCCUGGAGGGACAUCUCCGCUCCAUCCUUGGGACCCUGACUGUGGAGCAGAUUUAUCAGGACCGAGACCAAUUUGCCAAGCUGGUGCGGGAAGUGGCAGCCCCUGACGUUGGCCGCAUGGGCAUUGAAAUCCUCAGCUUCACCAUCAAGGACGUGUAUGACAAAGUGGACUAUCUGAGCUCCCUGGGCAAGACACAGACUGCAGUGGUGCAGAGAGACGCCGACAUCGGCGUGGCAGAGGCGGAACGCGAUGCAGGCAUUCGGGAAGCUGAGUGCAAAAAGGAGAUGUUGGAUGUGAAGUUCUUGGCAGACACCAAGAUAGCUGACUCCAAGAGAGCCUUUGAGCUACAAAAGUCAGCCUUCAGCGAGGAGGUGAACAUCAAGAUGGCUGAGGCCCAGCUGGCCUACGAGCUGCAGGGAGCUCGAGAGCAGCAGAAGAUCAGGCAGGAAGAGAUAGAGAUCGAGGUUGUGCAGCGGAAGAAGCAGAUCGCCGUGGAGGCUCAGGAGAUCCUCCGCACUGACAAGGAGCUCAUCGCCACAGUGCGCCGCCCUGCCGAGGCAGAGGCCCAUCGAAUCCAGCAGAUCGCUGAGGGCGAAAAGGUGAAGCAAGUCCUCUUGGCACAAGCAGAAGCCGAGAAGAUCCGUAAAAUUGGGGAGGCAGAGGCCGCAGUCAUCGAGGCAAUGGGCAAGGCAGAGGCUGAGCGGAUGAAGCUUAAGGCUGAGGCCUACCAGAAAUAUGGGGACUCAGCCAAGAUGGCCUUGGUGCUGGAAUCCCUGCCCCAGAUUGCUGCGAGAAUCGCCGCGCCCCUGACCAAAGUCGAUGAAAUUGUGGUCCUCAGUGGGGACAACAGUAAGGUGACUUCAGAAGUGAAUCGGCUGCUGGCAGAGCUGCCCGCUUCUGUGCAUGCCCUCACCGGUGUGGACCUCUCAAAGAUACCCCUGAUCAAGAAAGCCACUGGUGUGCAGGUAUGAGGCUCCUGGAGGCCCAUGCCCGUCAGCAGCUGCCUGCCCCUCCUCCAGCACCCGUUUUGACAUCACAAGGACAACGGGAACGGCUCUGACUCUGGUGCCUUAUUCUGUAGGGACCAGAAGUGCUGCUUGUUCAGGCCAUCUCUGGCUGUCUUCCCUUCCCUCCUGUCUGUUUCUUCCUCCUCUCUCCAUACUGUCACAUUCACUACCACCCUCAUCAACUUUGUCUCCUCGACCCUCAUUUGCCCAUGUGUCUCUUCCACUGGUUGUUUAUUUCUUGCCCCCUCUUUUCCUGUCCUCUAUGCACAUUACAUAGUUUAAGCUGAAGAUAUUUAUUAUAGUCACUGUCUGUGUGGAGUGGCCCAGCUGCUCCUCACAAUCCUGGUGCCUUGAAGUUCUCCAUGUAUCUGUCAUCUCUGUGGCCCUGGAAGAGGCCAGCAUGGGGUUCUGGGUAGGACACCUACCCUCCCUUUCCUGGCCUGGUCUUCCAGGAAGCCCACAGCCCACCCACUUCUGCCUCUUGAGGCCUAGGUAGCCCAGGCCUGCUUUCAUACCUGCCCGUCUCCACCCCAGAGGCACAAAGGCCAGGCCUCCUGUCUAUAGCAGCUCCCUCAGUUUACUACUGCCUUAGGAGGCCCUGCUUGUGCUCAGGGAAGUUUCCUUCAUUGGCAUGUCCUUGCUAGGUAGGGUGGGUCUUAGUCUCUACUCUGCUAAGCCUGUCUGGAGGUCAAGGUCUAGGACUACUGGGGAGAGUAAAGUAUAUAGACCCUCUUCCUGCUAGUGCUAUGCUGUUCUGGGCAUGGGAAUCUCCCAGCGGGCAAGCCCGUGCCAACUCUAUACAGAAUUAAGUGUCAUGGACUGGCCAAAACUCAUUCCCCUUGUGCCAAUUCCUUCCUGGCCAGAGUGAUGGGGUUCCAGCCAUGAGAAGCAGCUCAAUCUGUGUCUCCUGCACCAACGGGAGGCAGAAUUGCCCAGGGCCCAAGCAUCCUGGCAGAGGUGCUGUGGGUGUCCCACAGCCCAGUCCCCACCUCUGGCCUGCGUAGCUGUGCUGCAUGUAGAUGUUGCAUGUCUGGUCUGGAGCUGGGAUGUUGCACUGCCCCCUGCCUGUCUCCUCCUUUAAAAUAAAGAUCCCUUACGUCUC